CGCCUUGCCCAGCUGAUGGGGAGGAUACAGUCUCUCUCUCUUUCUCUCUCUCCCUUCCGCCCUGUCCCACUCUUCUGUCCCUCCCCCGUCCUCCAUUAUCGCUCCCUCUCUCUCUUCCAAUCACUCCCUCUCUCAGGAUCGUAUCCGGCCUCUCCCACUGCAGUCUCUCUCCACCGGUCUCUGACCUUCAGCAGCCUGGGACCAUGCAAGCCUGCCUGCCCAGUGAGAGAUGAGGAGGCAGAGUCUCAGAGGAAGGCCAGAUCCCGCCAAGCCAGGCAAACCCGCAGAUCCACACAGGGUGUGACCCUGGCUGAACUGAAGGAAGCUCAGAGGACCAACAGCCUGUCUCCCCUGGACAGAGACAGACAGACAGCAGAUGGACAUAGCAGACUGACUGACAGGUCCUGUCUGCGGGGGAAAUGGGCUGCAGAGGACAGAGGAGAGACCAGGACCAAACUGGCUCAGUCUAUGGAGACAGAGGAUCACAGUCCCACAUGGAGCAGGGAGAUAGAUGAGCUCGGAAAUCAUAGAUCAAGGCUGGGGACCAUGGAGGCAGAAUAUUCCUCUGCCAGUGGGCACUAUACCAGCCUGGCCAACCGCACAUCCUCCAGAGUUGUUGAAUGGAGAGAUGAAAACCAGAACCCAAUUGAGGAUCCCUCCAAACAUGUCCUCUCCACAAUAGAGAAACAAGUUCGAUUCUGUGACCAAGAGUCAGAUGAAGCCUACCAGAAGUUGGAGCAUGACAGGGCAUCAAGGUUGGACUCUGGUGGUGGGGACAGCAGGGCUGAACCUCUGGGCAGAACCAGCUCCUACACACGCAGGGAAACCAGAUUGGCAGCGCUGAACAAGCAUGAGGACGACACCAGCUCCAGGGAUUACAAGAAGAUGUAUGAAGACGCUUUGGCAGAGAAUGACAAGCUCAAGUCCCGGCUGGAUGAUAGCAAACAGGAGCUGACCAAGAUACGCACCCAGCUGGACAAAGUCACCCAGAAACAGGACAGAGUGUCUGAAAGAUCCACUGUACUUGAAUCAGAGAAAAGGGAAAAACAGGCUCUGGAGAAGAGGGUAACGGACAUGGAGGAAGAGCUCAAGGCCCUCCCUGUUCUGGCUCAGCUGCAGGCACUGCGGAGUGGCAAGGAGCGUCUGCUGGCUGAGAACAGGGCCAUGCUGCGUGUCCUCACCCACCUCUCCCAGAUGGCCUUCCUGCCUGAGACAGAGGACCUCUAACCCCCCUGUCCCACAUGCCUCCACCUCUCUACCCCUCCUUGCUCUCCCCUCCCUGAUUCUUCAGCCACUCCUCCUCUCAUCUGUCCUCCUUCUGGUUCUCCUGAUGCUGCACCUCCUUCUCUCCUCUCUGCUGCACUCUUCUCAGGCAGGUCCUGCUGCUGCACCCCCCUACCUCCCACUCUCACUCCUCCACCUUAAGGCCUCUCUCACUUGUGUGGCAUGCCUCUCUCUGACUCACUCUCCCAUAAGGCCAAUGAAGGGCAGCCCCCUUAAACUCCCUCAUCUAUUUUAGCUACACCCAUGCUGCAUGGGUGAUAUUAUUUACUGACGUUUCUCCAGUGGUUAUUAUUACAGUAUAGUCAGUAUUACAGUAAAGUCACUCAAUCCUCAGCUUGAACAAACUCAGAAACAGUCUGGACACUGCUUGAGAGACUUAUGGAAGGCAGAGUGCUGAAGUCGCCAAGGAAACCUUGUAAGGAUUAACAUGAUUGCAAUUUUCCAUUUCACAAACCUGACAUUUUCAUUGUUUGCUCAUUUUUUGCCACAGUGUCCAAUGCAAAGUGGCUGAUAGGGAAUCUGACAUUUUAAACUAUUACGUUUGUCUCAAUCAUGUGGGAGUGAAAUGUGUGAUCUCAUUGGCAUCCGUCGACUCACUAAACCCUUUUCCACUGGCCAAAAAACGUGCACAAUGGUGUAGUGUGUGUGUGUGUGUGUGUGUGUGUGUGUGUGGGUGUGUGUUUGUGUGUUUGUGUGUGUGUGUGUGUGUGUGUGUGUGUGCGUGUGCGUGUGUGUGUGUGCGUGUGCGUGCGUGCGUGUGAGUGAGUGAGUGAACUACACACAGCUCUGUCUGAGACAGAAGCAGAACUGGACAAACAGUUGGACCAAAAAUGUGCAGUAUGCAUUGUCAAAUAUAAUACUUAACAAUAUGCUGCUAUUUAAUUGCGGUAACUGGAAUAGGCAGGAGUGGGGUGAUGAGUUCAUCAUUGUCUGUGAAGGUAGACUUUUCAGGCGAGCACACAACAUUAUUGUUCACUGUCUGUGGAGGAUGGGGGAGAUUUUUACAAAGAUUGUGGUUAUUUUUAGUCAUUAUUCAUGCUGUGGGAGGUGACCUAGAUUGCGGAAGCUGGCCUUGCAUAUCUCUCUCUCUCUGUUUCGGUUCUCUCUCGGUUUGUAGUUUGCACAUAGAACCAUAAGCCAAAUCAUGUCCCAACCUUUUCCACGAUCAUACUGUAUCCGCAUGCUCUCAUUGCUUUACAUCAUAUUUUGCUGAAAGCCUGCCACUCUUUUUUUUCUCCACUCUUUUCUCCACCCUUCGCAUGUUGUGACUGUAGAGAUUGUAGUGUUAAAUCAUUUAGCAACAAGUUCCUGGUGAUUAAAUAUUGCAUAUCAUUCUUACUUUGCCUGAAAAUGAUAAACAAUGUGUAUUAAAUGUGUCUGUCAAUGUCGCUUAAAUAAGAAGGAACAUAGACAAACGACAAGGCAGUGUAACUUGUACAUAUUUCUGUCUACAGGCCAUUAUGUGUCACCCCUGUUCCCUGUUGCGAAUUAGCUACCAUGACAAUCUAAUGCUGCUCUCUCUGUUCCUGUAGGUCUUGACAGAGCUUAAAUCAGACAACCAGAGACUGAAGGACGAGAAUGGGGCUCUGAUCCGUGUCAUCAGCAAGCUGUCCAAGUAAGAGGUUGGAAGCCUCUGUCCAAAGUCAUAGUAUACUUCCUUCAAGCUUGCAAUGUGUGUCACUAUCAUUGGCCUUCGGCACCCUCCCACCCUGAGACUGUACCAUGGUGCUCAGUGACACUUACCUGCCAACUGUUCUCAGAGGCAUGGUGAGGAACCGUCAAAUUCCUGAUGACCCCUGGCCUACUAUGACUCCAUGUUCAUUGGCUCACUUCAUACCAGGAGGUCAAAGUGGGGAGGAGAACACACAGCGUUGGCUCAAAGAGGGUGUUGAUCUGGGGUACAGUAAACUCCGAAGCUCCAGGCUAGAAGUCUCUAAUCAAUAUCACAUCCACAUAUUUUACCUAUACAUCACAAACAUAUGUUGAUUUUGUGCUUCAGUGUGCACUGCAGAAAAAAACGACUGAAAAAACAAUCAUAGGUAUAACUGUUAUGACAUUGAUAACAUUACACAUUGUCAGUUGUUAUGAGGUGUUUAUAUCAUUAGUCUUUAUGGUUUAUAGUUCAAUUGAAGUCCAAAUUUCCAUCACAGACCAUUUUCUCUGAGCUGCUCAUGAACCUUUUCCUGCUUUGAUUUUAGUGUGGUGUACCAUGGUCUCUGGCGAGACAGAUGUCACAUUUGUUGGAUAUUUUUAUGUAAUUUAUGCAUUUUUCCCCUCAAAUAUUUAUACUUAUACUCAACCAAUAUUUUUACCAAUAUAUUAUUAAUAUGUAUCCUCUUUAAGCAUUUUAGGAAACACUACCAUUAGUCCACAUAGUGCCUCACGCUAUGAGAUGGACAGCAUUUUUAUUUUUUUUCAGGUGAAACCUGUACAUGAUUUGUAAUGCAGAUAGCACAGAUAGCACAGUCUCGUGGUAAUGAGCAGAAUCAGUAGGAAUGUUAUCAAAUACAUCAAACACAUACACUCCAUUCCAGCCACGAGACCGUCCCCCCCAAUUAAGGUGCCACCGACGUCCUGUGAUAAAGAGGCCCUGUGUUGUGCCCUGUGCUAUCUGCAUUAAAAAUCAUGUACAGGUUUCACCUGAAAAUAAAAUGCUGUCCAUCUCAUAACAUGAGGCACUAACGUGAGACACUUUAUGUAUACCACAUGUGCCUUUCCUGAAAGAACAAUACAGCUAUCUGUCUACACAUGUACUGUAAGUAUAUUUAAAGACAGUAUCUUAUGUUGAAACAACUUUACCAUGUAUGUAUUAUAAGAGACCGGAAAAAGACUGAAAUGCUACUUGUACAUGUCUGUGGUUUGAUCACUUGCUCAAUAAACUGUAGAUGGUUAAAUAUGUGA